GUGUUCAAUAACUCCUAUAUCCUGUAAACUUCGUAUCUAUACCUAAAACAAGUAAAAAUAGUAAAAUCAGAUAAAUUAAAUUGACGUGCACGUGUAAAUCGUUAUGCUUUGUAUAUAUUUCAUUAUAUAAUUAUUGUAUAAUUAAUAUCGUUUUUAUGUUCUUCGGAUUUGUGUCUGUUAUCUUUUAUUAUGAUUUGUUUCUACAAUUGAAUUAUUAGAUUAAUAUAAGAGGUAUUUUAAAAAUAAGGGAAUUGCAUAAAAAAGUAGUAAAAAUGUUAACUCCUCGAUUUGAAAUAACACAAACCGACUUAGAAGUUACUAUUAUUGUUCAUGCACCGUAUGCUAAUAUUAAAGACGUAGAGAUUGACGUUGAAGGAAAUGAUUUUAGAUUUUAUGCUACACCCUAUUACCUUAGACUAAUGCUACCAGGAGAAAUAGAAGAGAAUCAUGCAUCUUCUGGACGUUAUGAUUGUGAAAAGGGUGAUUUUACUUUAAAAUUUUCUAAGGUAAACAAAGGUGAAUUUUUUCCUAAUUUAGAUAUGAUAACUACGCUAUUAUCACCACCCAAAACAAAAAGUACAAUUGUUCCCAACAUUGAAGUGAUUGGUAAUCCAGCAAAUUCAGAAAAAAUAUAUAAGAAUUCGGAUGAAGAUAAUAAUGAAGAAAAUGAUAAAGAAGCAUCAAAUGAAUGGUUCAUUCCUCAAUCAAUACAAUCCAAUAAUUUAAUUCUAUCUAUAAAUUCUCCCAAGUAUGGAUUUGCUAAUAAAAUCUCUGGUGCCUUAAUAGCUUUUGAGCCAGCAUGGAUUAAAGAAAUAAUAGAUUUGCCCACGCCUGAUAAAAUCUCUGAACAAGAACGUACAUUCCUUCGUAAAAAAAAGGAAUUGGUAGACUUUGACGAACAAUAUUAUAUGGCUGAUCUUAUGCAACCAGAAUGUAUUGAGCCGUAUAUUUUUUAUAUACCAGAAUGGUAUAAUUUAAGGAAAGAAGAUAUUACAUUUAAUAAAGAUGAAAUUGACUUAUUGAAGGAGUUUCCAAAUAAAGAAUAUUUAUUAGAUGAUAAAGAAAUUCAAUCGUUACUUCUAAGUUUAAUUGAUAUUUUAUAUGGUAGUUGUUACAAUUAUAGAACAACAUUGGGUGACAAUACUGUUGAAAGUGGAUGGACAAUUAACAAGCUGAGCUCAACUUUGUGUUGGUUUCAAAAUUUUUCUAAUAUGAAUGAAGUUAUAAAUGCAUGUAUUAGAAGAGCACUUUGUUAUCCUAUAUUAAGGAACUGGGAUUUGGCUAUCAAAGUUUUUGAAGACGUUAAACAAGUCGUAACAUUAGGAAAAAAGUAUAUUAUAAAACGUUUCUGCGAAAUACAUAGUUUAUUUAAUAAUUCUUAUGAACCACGAUAUCUGUUGAAUCAAUUGUAUAUAAAGGAUUAUUUAAUUUGGUUGCAAAGUAUUCCUGAAUCUUUGAUAGAAUCACUUACUCCUAUUUUAGAUAACAUACAUCCAAAUAAAGAGGAUAUGCAGUUGGAAUUAUUAGAAUUAGAAGAAGCGGCAUAUUCUGUUCAGAAAGAAGGCCUUGUUAUAGAAAAUGUAAUACAUGAUAUAACUGGACAUAUACAGAAUUUAACUAUUCAUAUUGCACAAAGUAACAAAUCAUCCGACAGUUCAACUUCCACUGAUAGUAGUGACACAGAUACUGACUCAGAAAGUGAUAGUUCUAGCAGUAGUACUACUACUAGUAUCAGUUUAGAUUCUGAUGAUUUAACUGACACAGAAUGAAUUUUUUCUUUUUUAAUAUAUAGUAUGAACGUAAUUUUAAUGAUAAAAUACUUCUCUAUUUACUAUUGUUCUAACAUUGUUCAAUAUAGAUUACUAAAUUAUCUAUCAAUAUAGAUUACUAAAUUAUCUAUAUAUCUCUAAAAUAUAAGAGAUCUCUAAUAAAAGAAAUCAUUGUCUUCUCAUACAUACUUUUUAUUUAUUAAUAAAAAUUCAAAAGAAUAAAGGAAUGCUUUUUUUUUAUUUCAGUCUUCACAUGUGUGCGUGGGGUGUGCAGUGUAACGUUAGGAUUAAUUGUAUCCCGAUUCUGAUUCUUUAAUCCUAGUAAUGCAUAGGUAAUCUUUUUUAUAAUAUAUUUCCUAAUUAAAUUACUAGCUAAAAGUUGAAAUAGAUAAAAAAUGAUCUUAAAUACAUGUUGUUUUAAAAAAUCGUUAUGUUUAUAUUUAGUAUUUAUUAUUUUCUAAAAAAUAUUAAUUAUUAUUUUUUAUUUCGUUAGCAUAUGUUUGAUAUAUUAGCAAACUUUUUCAUCGAACGAAGAGCGACAAGAUGUCGAGACAUCAAAUGUAGAUAGAGGCAUUUUUUAUAUUAAGUGUAGAACAGAGGCUCCGUUGUUCUCGUGUUUUCUAAACUCUGUGAUUACUCGACGUUAGCUUGUUGGCGUACUUACAUAGUACCAGUUAGCGUUUGAGUUAGACAGUGUUUGUUUUUUAUCGCGAACCGUGCUUUUUCCGACUCCUAUACAUUUUCAUUUAUAUUUUCUUUUAAUUUUAUUGCAGAAUCUAUUUCCAGUGAUAGUUUUUGUUAAUAUAAAAAAAGAAAUAAAAAAAAUAAAAAAAUAAAAAAAAAAAAAAUAAAAAAA